AUGGGUGAAAGAGGAAAUCUACCUGAAAUGACCAAAGACUGGAACAAAGAGAACCUGAAACAAUGGGAUGGAGCACUUCUGAUAAUACGAGCACAUGACAAAUGGAAUCAUAUUCUCCUUGAAAAUCACAGCCACAAUUCUGGACAAUUAGAUCAUAGAAAACCCUGCAUAAAAGAAUACUAUAAAAAGGUACAACAGACAAAAGAACAGGGAAAAUCAGUGUCAUCCAAUAGUGAUCAUAAUCUCAGCAAGACCAGAGAUACCAAAGAACAAGAAUCAGUUCUUAUGAAAGAAAAUGCAUUAAAUGAAGCAGCAACCACUGAAGACAGAAAAAAUACUAAGCUAAAACCUGAACAGCUGACUUGCAUGCCACAUCCUUUUGAUCAGCCCCAGAGCAGCCAUCGGUACAUAGAACAUUACCUCCUACCACCUGAAACAGGACCAGGCAAUCUCAUAGACCCCAUUCAUGAGUACAAAGCCCUCACACACACAGACACGGCCACAGAAAAGGACAUUAGGAUGAAAUUUAGCAAUGAAGUCUUCCGAUUCGCAUCAGCUUGUAUGAAUUCACGCACCAAUGGCACUAUCCAUUUUGGGGUCAAGGACAAACCCCAUGGAGAAAUUGUUGGCGUGAAAGUCACCAGUAAAGCUGCCUUCAUUGACCACUUCAAUCAAAUGAUCGCAAAAUAUUUUGAAGAUAGUGAGAUCAAUGAAGCCAGGAAGUGCAUUCGGGAGCCAAGGUUUGUGGAAGUUCUCCUGCAGGACAGUACACCAUCUGACAGAUUUGUCAUUGAGGUAGAUGUUAUUCCAAAACACUCUGUAUGUAAAGAAAAGUAUUUCUACAUUAUGAUGCAAACCCAUGAAAAUGAAACAUGGAAACAAAGUAAAGACCAUUCAUUGUUUGUGAGAGAAGGGGCUAGUUCUAAGGAUAUCCGGGCCAAUGUCAAGCGAUGGGAUGUGGAAUUCAAAGCAUUUUUUAAAAAGUUAAAGUCACUAGCACUGUCUAGAAAAGAGGCUGAAGAAAAGUAUGAGGCAAAGGCAAAUAAGAAGGAGAGUGAAGGACAAAAGCUGGUUAAACUUCUCAUAGGAAACCGAGAGUCACUGGAUAAUUCAUACUACAAGCAGUAUAUUCUCGUAACAAAUAAAUGCCAUCCAAACCAAACAAAGAACUUAGAUUUCCUAAGGGAAAUUAAAUGGUUUGCUGUGUUGGACUUUGAUCCUGAAUUUGAGUGCAAGGAAGUAGCCAAAGCUUACCAAAAAAUCCAGUUGGAAAAUCUUCACUUUCCAAGUCAAUAUGAGGAAAAGACAGUGACCAUAAUGGAGAAAAAAUCUCGUCUGAAUCUUUAUGAUCAGCCCAGCUGGAUCUUCUGCAAUGGCAGAUCAGACUUGAAAGAAGAGAGGUUUAAGCCUCUAGAACCACAUUUAUGGCAGAGAAAAAGAGCUUCUCGAGUCAGGCAACUGAUUUUAUUUCUCACAGAUGAAAAUGUCAUGACAAAAGGGAAAUUUCUGGUAGUGUUUCUAUUGCUCUCUCCAGUGCAAAGCCCAGGAGACCCACUCCUUGAAACCUUCUCUGCUUUCUACCAAGCUCUCAAAGGAAUGGAAAGUAUAUUGUGUAUCUGUGUAAACUCACAGAUUCAUCAACGAUGGAAAGAUCUACUACAAGCCAGGUUGACAAUUGCAGAUGAAUUAGCAGACCACAAUGUUUCCACUUUAAAUUUAGAAUUGAUAAACAGUACUAUCCUUAAACUGAAACCAGUCACUCAGUCAUCAAGACGGUUCCUACCAUCCCGUGGAUCUUCUUCCAUUAUCUUAGACAAAAAAGUAGAGGAUAUCUUGACCACACUGGAAAUUCUCUGUGAAAAUGAGUGUAAAGACACAGGUACUGAUAAAAACAAAUUUAAGUUCCAAGAACUUAAGAAAACAAAAGAAGAGCAGUUUUAUCAAGGUGGCAAAGUGUCCUGGUGGAACUUCUAUUUUUCUUCUGAAAACUAUUCUUCAGCCCUUGUCAAAAGAGACAAUUAUGAAAACCUUAAAGAUCUGAUAGAGUGUUGGGCAGAGUCUCCUAAACCAACAUUUGCAAAAAUUAUCAAUCUGUACCAUCAUCCAGGCUGUGGGGGUACUACAUUGGCCAUGAAUGUCCUCUGGGACCUAAAGAAAAAGUUCAGGUGUGCCAUGUUAAAAAACAAAGGAACUGAUUUUGCCGAAACUGCAGAACAAGUGUUCAAGUUGAUUACCUACAAGGCUACCAGCCCUCAGGACUACAUUCCUGUACUUCUCCUGGUGGAUGACUUUGAAGAACAGGAAAAUGUCUGCAUUCUACAGGAUAGGAUCCAUUCCAUUUUGGUGGCAAAUGGCUUGAGAUAUGAAAAAACAUUGGUAAUUAUCUUAAACUGCAUGAGAUCCCAGAAUCCUGAUCAAAGUGCAAAACUAGCAGACAGUAUUGCACUAAAACACCAGCUUUCUGCCAAGGAACAAAGAGCUUUUGAGGCCAAACUGGAGGAAAUUGAAAAGCAACAUAAGAACUGUGAAAACUUUUAUUCCUUCAUGAUCAUGAAAGAAAAUUUUGAUAAAUCAUACGUAGAAAAUGUAGUCAAGAAUAUCCUAAAAGGACAGAAUAUCAACAGCAAGGAAGCACAACUCUUUUCUUUCCUGACUCUAUUCAACACUUAUUUAACUGAUUUUACAAUUUCAGUGUCACACUGUGAAACAUUUUUGGGAAUCACAUGCACUCGUACUCCCUGGAAACCUGAAAGCAUAGAGGACAAGAUGGGAACCUAUUCGACACUUCUAAUCAACACAGAAGUUGCUGAAUAUUGCGGAUAUGCAGGUGUGCGCAUCAUUCACCCUGUAGUUGCCAGUUGUUGUCUCAAAGAGCUGGAAAGCAACUACCACUUGAAUGAGUGUCAAAUUGCAUUGUCAUUAAAAGAGAAUUUAUUCUAUGAUUCUGGAAUAGGAAAAGACAAAUUCAAACAUUAUUUGCAAACCCUCCUGCUUACAAGCCAGUGCAAAGAGUAUGGAGACAAAACAGACACUUUGUUUUCUCCAUUAAUUGAAGCUUUAGAGAAUGAUGAAGUUGAAAUCUUGAAACAAGGAAGUGUUCUGUUCCCCCAAAACGAAUACAUUUGUCAGGACCUAAAAAGACAUUUCUACAUUAAGGAGAAAGACUUUGACACUACUCUGUAUUGGGCAAACACUCUCAUUUCCCUAAGUACACUAAACAAGUUGGCCUCAGUCACAUAUAUUGAUAUGUCUUUUCUCCAUUUCUAUUUCUAAUUGAUUUUCGUAUUUUUACAAAUAAUGGUUUGUGUACAAACACAUGUAUUUAUUUAAAAGUAUAGCUGGACUAUAAAAAAUGGC